AUGACAUCGUCACCAGAAUGGGACAAAAUGUUGCGCGGGGAGUGGUAUAAUGCGGGCUGCGAGAUUCUUCAAGCAAACAGAGUCCGUUGCAAGAAAGCCUGUGAGGAAUUUAACGCCUCAAAUUGCGCUUCGCGCCGGGAAAAAGUGAGACUUUGGAGGAAUAUUGUUGGCGAUGCCCGAAUUUUACCUCCACAGCUUCCAGAUGCGAAGGAUGAUGAGGCUCAAUUCGACGAGACCGAUCCCUAUGUCGAUGGCCCCAUCUCAAUUGAUCAUGGCCUGAAUUUCAAGGUUGGAAAAGGAAGUUUUUUAAACUUCAAUGCUCUCGUACUCGACACCUGCCUCAUAACAAUUGGCGAGAACGUUCUCUUUGGGCCUAAUGUGUCUCUUUAUGGUGCUAUCCAUCCUGUAGACCCCGCAGAGCGACGCGGUCUUAAGGGGCCUGAGGCUGGGAAGGAAAUCCACAUUGAAGAUGAUGUGUGGGUUGGAGCUGGUGCCUCAAUACUAGGCGGUGUUCGUGUAGGACGUGGGAGUACAGUUGGUGCAUGUUCGGUUGUUACGAAGGACGUUCCUGCUUUCUACUUUGUUGCCGGAAACCCUGCUAGGGUAAUUCGGAAAAUAAAGACUACCAUGAAUCUUGAGGUUGAAGGAAAGGAAACCUAA